AGAGGAGUGCUGUCCAGAGUCUCUUUCAUGAGCGAGAAGAAAGCAGGCUAAGGAUGUCUGACCUCAGCCAAGUGGCUGUGUACUCAGACUCUUCAGAUAUUUAUAAGAAUGUUUUCUGCAACCCUGCCUUUGAGCUGGAGGGGGAGAGAGAGGAGAGGGUGGAGGGAUUCAGGACUUCCUCUUCCACCCCUGAACCAAUCAAACCACCUGGCUUCGGCCGGGGUCUCUUUGGGGUCUUUUUAAUGCGUCUGCGAGGUCCUGGUUCUGGUUGGGGGUUGGUGGUGGUCUCUGCUGCUGCGCUGCUCCUGUUAGCAGCCAUUGCUCUGGCACUGGCCCUCAUCCUGACACAAAUAAAAGGACAGGCUGUGGAGGAUAAUUUGCUGCCUACUGGUACUCCAGAGCUGCAGGGAGCAGGAGGUGAAGCCCCCGCUGUUUUACCCACAAUCCCUACCAACAGCAGUCGAGGGGGUGGUACUGCAGCCCCUCGGCCUGUGAGGAUCCCUCCCUCUGAAACAACUUGUGGCGGUGUCCUUACCGACUCUGAAGGAACGUUCAGUUCUCCAAACCAUCCCGGCUCUUAUCCCCCCAACUCACUGUGUGUGUGGGUGAUCCGGGUAACUCCCCCCUCCUUGGUCCAGAUUCGCAUCUCCUCCCUGACUGUGGAGGGGCCGUCUCCGUGCCUGUUUGACUGGCUGGAGGUGCAGGAGCACGUCGAUCAGAACACUGCCAUCACCAGGUUCUGUGGGAAUGUGGCUCCACCAACAAUCAACACAAACAGCAGCACAGUGUGGGUCACUUUCCACUCCGAUGGAAGCAUCGCAGGCAACGGUUUCUCGGCACAGUACAGGGCCGUCGCGCCCGGACACAAGAGCUGCUCCAGAGAGGAGUUCAUUUGUGACGGCGGCCGUUGUCUGCUGCCGGCCUCAGUGUGUGACGGCCACCCAAACUGUCACGACCAGGCAGACGAGGCAAACUGCAGCCACAAACACAGGGAAUGCGGUGGGAAGAAAGUCGGGCCUUAUGGUUAUGUGGAAAGUCCAAACCACCCCAGGCCUUAUCCUCACCAGCAGUUGUGCAUAUGGCAGAUAUCUGUUGAGGAGGGUCACAUCAUCACCCUGAGCUUCAGGAACUUCAGCCUGGAAACUCAGGACGUGUGUGAGUUUGACUACGUGGAGGUGCAUGACAGCGUCAGCACCGGAGCUGGGAGAGUGCUCGGACGGUUUUGUGGCACCACCUUCCCACCGGACCUGACCUCCUCUGGACCCCACAUGACUGUGGUGUUUGUGGCGGAUGAGGGCGUGGCCGACAGCGGCUUCAACGCAACGUACCAGGCUGUAUCUGUGCUGGGUCGGACGUGUGGUCCCAACCAGUUCACCUGCACUACAGGUGAGUGUCUUCAGCGCCAGUGGCUGUGUGACGGAUGGAACGACUGCCCUGACGGCGCAGAUGAGGAGGGAUGUGGCAACUCCACCUACCCUCCCUUCACUUCGUCGUGUGAGCUCAUAGAGGUGGAGAUGUGUCAGGGUCUCAGCUACAACCUCACCUCGUUCCCCAACAUCUGGCUGUCCAUCUCUGACCAGAGAGAAGCAGCCACACUGCUGCGGCAGUAUCGGGUGCUGAUGGAGCUGGCGUGCUUCGAGCCGCUGCAGAGGCUGGUUUGCGGGAUGUUCCUGCCCCAGUGCAGCGCUCAGGGCGGCGUCCUGCAGCCCUGCCGCUCGGUCUGCUCCUCGGCCGAGCGCCAGUGCAGCCAAGCCCUGGAUCUCUUCUCCUUCAGCUGGCCCUUCAACUGCCACCUCCUGCCAGACUCUCAGGACCCCAUGGAGUGCUCGCUGCCGUGAAGCGCCGCAGUGACGAUGCAGAACAGAUACCGUCACAGUGUCAGUCAC